GCAGACGCGUCAUGCAGAGGAGGAGGGGGAAGGGGCGUGGCUCGAGCCGGCGUGCGGAGGAUGAGAUUAAAGCAAAGACUUACCCUUAAGGAACAUGACUCUUUAGACAUGUGGAAGAAUUAUGUACAGUUUGAAAGCCCAGGAAAAAAAGAGAAUGCAUAAGAGGAUAAAAGAACCAAGAACAUAUGGAUUAGAGACUUCAGUUGCUGUGUGGCUAAUAGUUGUUCUCCAUGGCUGUUUUGGACAAGACAAACAAUACAAAUUAAAACAUUGGGAAGACACUGAGAAGAGCCAGACAGUAGUUCCAAGGUGCCAUUAUGUGUUCUGAUGGUUAUAUACCUUUGCUUCAGUUAAUCCUAUCCAUUCCCUGCUCAUCUUUACCAACUGAAGCUAGCAAUAAAAUCCUAACAGACUGAAUAAAAAUAAGCAGAGAUAUAAACACAGACAUUUGCUUCCAUGCAUCUUGCUAUAAGUGAUGUUCAAAUCUAAAUAGAAGCUUUCUCUAAAUCUUGUAUCAGUGUUCUAAUUAUAUCCAAAAUGGUUGUAUAUGGCAUUUGAUAUUUGACAGUUUAGUAAUUCAUCCAAAACAUAAAAUAAACAUAAAAUUGUUUGCUACAGAACAUCCUCUUUUCAUUGUUUGCUGAAUUGGAAAUGGCACAAUCAGGGACUGAAAGUGCUGCAUCUUUGAUAUCUACUGAGCAGGAACCCAAGAGAGAGGAGGAGGUAGGGGAAGGAGUAGAACAUCCUGCAGAAGCUCACAUAUUCUGUACCACAGGUAACGUUAAAGUGGAAGACCUUAAUAAUGGAAACAGAAGAAUUCCUAAAGACCCAGAGAGUUGUGACAUCCCGUUCUAUGUGUCUGAAUUUGUAGAAAGGAAGGUUGGAAAUGAUUAUGACUCAUUAAACAAGCUUGUUGGACUGAUUGAACAGUUAUCAAAAAACAAAAUGAAAUUAGAAGAACAGGUACUAACAGUUUCAUCAGAAGUUCCCAAAAGAAUUCAGAAGGCCUUGCAGAAUGCAGAGGAUUCUAAGAAAUCUCUCUAUCAACUUCUAGAGAAUGAGAGAAUUUUGUACGAUUCAGUUAAUAACCACUUGUUGACGUCCAGCCCAUGGAUGGAGGAAUUUGGUGCUUUGAUAAGUCAAAUAAAGGAAGUUGAAAGGCAUCUUGCUUAUUUAAAACAGAUUUCACAAAUAGAAGAAUUAAGUGACAACAUCCAGCAGUAUCUAAUGACUAACAAUGUGCCAGAGGCUGCUACUGCCCUGGCAUCCAUGGCUGAAUUAGAUAUCAGGCUUCAAGAGUCAUCCUGCUCGCAUCUUUUAACUUUUGUAAGAUCUACUGUUCAAUUCUGGCACAAGAUCCUGAAAGACAAAUUGUCAAGUGAUUUUGAAGAGACGUUGACUCAGCUUCAUUGGCCAUUUAUUGGACCAGUGCAGUCCCAAGCUUUGGGCCUGGCUACCUCCUCGGCUAAUGCCAUAGAAAUAUACAGUAACUUUGAGGCCCUGUUUUCUCAACUCCUAAAACUUCAGACAUCAGAUGAACUAUUAACCAAACCAAAGCAGCUUCCAGAAAAGUACCUUCUUCCUCCAACUCCACCUAUUAUAUUACCUAUGCAGAUCAUGCUGGCUCCCCUUCAGAAAAGAUUCAAAUACCAUUUCACUGGGAAUAGGCAAACCAAUGUCCUGAGCAAGCCUGAGUGGUAUCUUACCCAAGUACUCAUGUGGAUUGGAAAUCACGUGUCGUUUCUUGAAGACAAAGUUCAACCCAUACUGGAUAAAGCAGGCACUCCUGUGAACGCAAGGUUGGAGUUUUCCCGCGCUUUGGUGAUGCUAAUCCUGGAGAAGCUGGAUGCCGAUAUUCCUUGCUUGUUGUAUGAUGACAACCUCUUCUGUCAUCUGGUGGACGAGAUACUUCUCUUUGAAAGAGAGCUGCACAGUGUUCAUGGAUAUCUCAGCAGUUUCCCCAGCUGUAUGCACAUUUUAUCAGAAGAAACCUACUUUCAGAGGUGGUUAACUGUAGAAAGAAAAUUUGCUCUUCAGAAGAUGGACUCCAUGCUUUCGUCCGAAGCAGCUUGGAUAUCACAGUACAAAGACAUCACUGAUGUAGACGAAAUGAAAGUCCCAGACUGUGCAGAAACCUUUAUGACUCUCCUUCUGGUUAUCACUGAUAGGUACAAGCAUCUUCCUACAGCAGCUAGAAAACUGCGGUUCCUUGAAUUGCAAAAAGAGCUGGUGGAUGAUUUUAGAAUACGACUCACUCAGGUCAUGAAGGAAGAAACCAGGACACCUCUGGCCUUCCGAUACUGUGCAAUCCUAAAUGCUGUCAACUACAUAGCAACAGUACUAGCCGACUGGGCGGACAACGUUUUUUUUUUACAGCUUCAGCAGGCUGCUCUGGAAAUGUGUGCAGAGAGUAGCACUCUGAAUAAGCUACAGUUAGGACAGCUGGCUUCUAUGGAAAGUUCGGUGUUUGAUGAAAUGAUUAACCUCCUGGAACGACUAAAGCAUGACAUGCUGACUCGCCAAGUAGAUCAUGUCUUCAGGGAGGUCAAAGAUGUGGCCAAGAUAUAUAAAAAGGAAAGGUGGCUCUCCUUGCCCUCCCAGGCCGAACAGGCUGUGAUGUCGUUAUCAAGCACUGCCUGCCCGUUGCUACUGACUUUGAGAGACCGGCUCCUCCAGUUAGAGCAGCAGCUUUGUUUUUCCUUGUUCAAAAUCUUCUGGCAAAUGCUUGCGGAGAACGUGGAUUUGUUCAUCUAUCAGGACGUCAUUCUAGCCAAUCACUUCAAUGAAGGAGGAGCAGCACAGCUCCAGUUUGAUAUGACUCGGAAUCUUUUCCCUUUAUUUUCACAUUAUUGUAAACGGCCAGAGAAUUAUUUCAAACACAUCAAAGAGGCUUGCAUUGUACUGAAUUUAAAUAUUGGUUCAGCCCUGCUCUUAAAGGAUGUGCUACAAUCAGCCACUGAAACCAGAACUGGAAUCACCUUUAAUUCAAAUCAACCUACUGCAGUGGCAGCACUAAAUGAACUUGGAAUUUAUAAGUUAGCUCCAACGGAUGUUGAGAUUCUUCUUAAUUUGAGGACAAAUUGGCCUAAUACUGGCAAAUAAACAAGGCAAUAGAAUGGAGAGGCUCUAAUUGCUAUUACAUUCUUUAGAGGUUACCCCAGACUUUCUAUGCUCAUGUGAUGUUGAGUAUAUUGCCUUUGAAAGAAAAACAUACAUUAAAAAAACCCUGAAAACUAAGCAACUAUAUAUUCACAGUUUCAAAGAAACAACUGUAAUUUGAUAAAGUCUGUUGGCUAUUCUGUUCAGUUGCAAGUUACUGGCUAUGCCAUUGUGACACCUUUCAUUUUCUCAGUUGACUGUGGUGAUCAAGUGAAAUGCUUUUAAAUAAAGAAUAUAUUCUAACAUAUAUUCCAUAUUAUAGAAAUAAUAAUCUUAGAGGAACAAAUGGAUUAUUGUAAAAAAAAUUCUGAGAGGAGAUAGACCAGUUCCACCUUAUUGCCUGCUGUGAUGCUCAGAUUAAUCUUGUUUAGCUGGAUUAGAGUGUCUUUCCACAAGGACUCUGAACCUUUGUGUUACCAAGAUUGUGAUCUGAAAGGCAUUACUUGGGGGGAAGAAGAGCAGAAUCAUUCUACUUUUUUUGAAUAAAAUAACCAUGGUGAUGACAAAAAGAACAAAAGGGAUGAGCAACCUUGCACGCCAUUCAGUGGCAAAUUUUACUUAUUUUGGCCCCUAAUGUUAGCAUAUUUCUAAUACAGAUAGGAUAAAGGCUUUGCAGAAAUUUCCAGAUGUGCAGAUUUUUAAAUAUACUCUAAAUAUGGAAAAGAAAUGUGAUUGGUUUCCUCGUUUUGAUUAGAUUGGGGUCAUAAUAGCAAUUACGUUGCAAUGGGUAAACUAUUCAUAAUGAGUAUCAUUAUUUUUUCUGAUGGAAAAGGUUAGAACUAAAAGAGCAGUUUAAUCUGUCUCAUUGAAAUAAAAGGACUAAAAAAAGCUUAGUGCGGGCUAAUACUUCCAGUGUUUAUUUAGCAAAUUCGGUAUUAUAACAGUUUCGAAGAUUUUGGAAUACAGGAAAAGGAGAGAUUUCAUAUCUACUUCAAUGAUGGUACAGUUAGUCCACGUGAAGGCCAUUAUAUAUAAAUGAAAUUGCUAGUUUUUUCAGAAAGUUAAAUAUAUAUAUAAAAUAUUUCAGAUGAGAAUAUUCAGGAUUAAAAUACUUCCCACAGUUCAGCAAAUUUUUUCAUCCUGUGGGGGAAACAAAGAUAUAUAACAUAUAAGCAACGUAUAAACAAUUGUAUCUUCCCCAUUACAGCGGUCUAGUUAAGGGAUUAAUAGUGCAUCUGCAGUAAGCACACAAAUAUACAAUUUCUGCAUGUGUAUAUUACACAUGUUUUCAUGUUAAUGCUUAAAAUUACCUUGAAUUAUUUUUAUUUGUUGAUUUGUUAUUAUAACAUCCAUUAUUUGAGCCAAAGUUCACUUCUCAUGUAUGUAUAUAGAGACAUAAAUUCCCUAUAAAGCAAUGACAGGUAACCUUUUGGUCACUGGUGGCAAUCUUUGAACAUUUUAUGGAGGUGCAGAUCAGAAUGGAAGCAACUAUGAUGUAAACAGAACAGGAUUAUCUAUUUUUCCUCAGUUGGAGGGAGAGUUUUAGGGAGUUCUUUUGUUUCUUUUUAAGUGUUUUUAUAUAUUAGCUUUUGUAUGUUUCUUGCCUCAAAAUGGCAGAACAGAAUGCCAGUAAUUUUUGGCAAUCACAAAUGAAAGAGUUUGGAUGUCAUGGAUUGUCCAUCCUGUUCUAAAGUUUACUUACAAAUUUCAUUUAUUGCAAGAACUUAAUCAGUGAAAUAAUAUGUAGUUUACUUUGUCAGUCUUGUGUCUAAAAACAGUAUCAGGAAGAGACUAGUAAUAUUUUAAUAAUUAUAGUGUAGCUUGUUUGGAAAAUUAAGGGGAAGAACUAUUUGAUACCUUCUUACUUUUGACUUUCUGUUCCUAAAUUCAUAGCUUUAUCAGCAGGUAAUCUCCUGAGGAACAGUGGAUUUUAGACACAUGUGCAUGUCCAAACAUUAUCUCAGUCUGAAUGCUGGAGACAGAAUCAGGUACAAAAGAGUGGCUGGGACAAUUCAGGAUAUAGUGUUGGAUUUAGUGGUGUAUGUGGUAUAUAUAUGUCUGCAUUUCCACAUAAAAUGUAACAUCCUGGUUCAACUUACACAUUUUCCUUGAAGACAGCUGGUGUAAUUAGUUCAUUUUCUUCAUAAAUUACAUCCUGACUGCUCAAUCCCAAAGAUUCAAGUGCUAAAACAUAAGAGAGAAACUAGUUUUUUUCUGAAUGGACUGUUGCAGUGUGCGCCAUACUUAGUAUAACCCUAUGCAUAUCUGCUCAGAAAGAAGCUUCUAAAUUUGAUUACAGCCUACAUUCUUAGACCAUUUAUUUCAUGUUUAAAUUGCUGCAGUCAUGUGACUUUCAGCAAAAGUCACAGCUUGGUGACCCAUCUGUUGGGAAUCACUUAGCUGGAUUCACACAUCAUGCUAAGCAGUGGCUUGCUGAAUAUACCACAGUUGGCUAGAUUCACACAACACUUUAUUCUAUAAACUGAUUUCCAAAUUAGAGUGGCUGGGUUCAUGGAAAGUACUAAGCCAAAAUCAAACAAGCAAUUUUUGGGGUUACUAUGGUAUGCAAACCCAUUCUCUACUGGCUGGGAGUAAAUUUCAACCCAACAAGAAUAGUAGGUGUAUAGGCAUGUUUUCCAGCAUCACUAUAUGGGAAACCUAACAGAAAUCACUAUAUUUAUUUGAGUAAGGACCCUUCCUUGUUUGCAGCUAUAAAUAGAGAAGUCAACAGAAACUGAUCAUGGAUUAGACAGAACUUAUGCCUAAAUAUGUACAGAACUACACAGUUCACACAUUGCUUAUUUUUACAGCAAACAGAUGGAGGCAGAUAGAAAAUGUAAAAUACUGAUUUAGCUUAUGUUUAGAUUCAGCUUUUUAUAAUCUUUAUAUAUUCAGCUCUCAUUGUAAUAUAUUACUAAAUGGCAGAAAAAAUUAAAAGUGCAUUAAAUACAUUAAAAACAGCAAGAUAAUUAUGUAAAGUAGCUACAAGUGUUUCUAUAGAAUCAUCCUGAGCUUUCUGUUAGCACAAAGGACCUUUUUUUUUUUUACAUCAUUUGCCAUUCCUGGCACAAGGAAAAACAUACUUAUAUUCUGUCAUGAUCAGAACAAAGGAAAGUUAAGCUGGCUUAAAUAUAUGCCUCACAGGGGUUCUGGUUUAUUCUUUUCUAUUCCUUAUAUUGUCCCCCCCCCCUUUUUUUUUUUGCCUACCCUUAUCAGCUGCAGGAAAUAAUCUCAGCUAAAAGUCUCAGGGUGGAACAGAGAUGACUCUGUUAUCAUCCUGCUGAUCUGCAGUGCUUCUGCUAAAUUUCUGCUUUCUCGCCCAGGGUGAGAGCCUUGGCGGUUUUAUGGUACACCAGUGUAGCAAUCUAAAAUCCCCUGAGAAGGAAGUUCAUAUUUUCCUAAAUGACCCUUCCCUGUUUGUUUACUGGAAGAUGCAUCAUAAAUUGUGAUACUGUGUAAAGUGCACCUUGCUAGCCAAGUUGCCCAGGUAUUUACAAACAAAUCAGUACAAUUUUUGAAUGUACAUUCUAAAUACGCAGAAGAAAUUAUGCAUUUUAAACAUUGUAUAGUACAAAUUGAAGAAUUUAAACUAUCAUUACAUUUAUUUCAAAAUUGAUACUAUUUUUGAGGUUUUCUGUUUAAUGUAUCUUAACAUCUUGUCAAGGCAGAAAUAAAAAGAUGAAGUUCAUAAAAUAUGAAGAAACACUAACCUCCUUUGUACUGUGUUACAUUUAUGUAGCCUUGGCCUGCAAUAUCUAGCAUUUCAAACAUUGCAUCCAAGUUUGACUCAUCCAUAAGAUUGGGAUAACCUGUAUUAGUUACUUUUGCAAGCUUUACUUUUUCCAAUGUCUUUAUCAAAAAAUCUCUUGGUCUUUCUGAAAAACAAAAGAUUGUUCAUGUUGUUACCCACUUUAAAGCAUAUUUUGUUCUACGCCGUCCAGAGUCGCCUGUGGUGAGAUGGGUGGCUAUAUAAAUUGGUUUAAUAAAUAAAUAAAUAUUGUUAAGCAUU